CGAAUGACGUGAUUCAACAAGAACGAAACGACACCGUUUUGCAGGAAAGCACUAGAAGUGAACGCAUACACUGACCAAUCUUUGACCUCCCAAAUUGGGCCAUUUUCAAACCCUAGCCACGCAUCACCGCCAUCAUCGUCCACCUUCCGGUAAAGAACGAUCCUUAAUCUCGCUCACCCCUUUCCCCUUUCUCCAAUUCACCCCCCCACCCCCCCCCCCCCCCCCCUCUCUCUCUAAUUUAAGAUCUUUCGAAAGUUUCUCUCUGUCUUCCACCGAAACCCUAAGCACCCACAACGAUAAAUCGUGUGUUCUUCUACCCACCCGAAGAUCGGUGGAUCAAUCUAAGGCCAGAUCGAGGUAAACCCUACUCGAUUCAGUGGUUUUUUUGUUUCUAUUUUUAGUUUCCAUCUUUUGGGGCAAUGCAAAUUCGGACCUGGUGGUGACUUGCGCAAGUUAUGAAAUUGGACACUUGAAUUUGUCGGGUAUACCCCCACUUGGUUCACUGGUUAAGAUCGAGAGUUAAAGUUAGGAUCUUUUUCAUUUGGGUGUUGAGGUUUUUAUUUAUUUAUUUUUUUGUUUUGUUUUUGCUUUUAUUUUGCCCCUUUCUGGUUGACUAGUGGAUUAGGUUUGGACAGUGAUGUCUGUGAACAAUAAUAACCCUUCUAAGGGCAUUGGGGCCUCUUCCUCAUCCUUUGGUAAUGCUGGAGUACCCUCCAAUUCUAUACCUUCAAACCCUGGAUUUUCACAGUCCCAAGGACAGGCCCAGAUUCCUGUUGGUUAUCAAGGACAGUUUCCACUGUCCCAGGCCCAUGCUAUUGUCCAAGCUCAGUCCAAGGCCCAGGCCCAGGCCCAGGCCCAAGCAGCAGCUGCAGCUCAUGCUCAACUCCAGGCUCAUUUGCAAGCUCAGGGAUUGAGUCUUAAUCAGAACCAGGCUGGUGGUUUGGGGGUGUCGUCACCGUUGAUUUCCACGCCGGGUAAUGCGAGUGGGAAACGGAUCCCUCUGAAACCCCCCAUGCGGCCAGUUGGGUUUUCCCCUCCCAACAGCUUCUCCCCAUUGAGACCAGUGGAGCUCACGCCUGCUGCUCGGAGGAAGAAGCAGAAGCUUCCUGAGAAACAGCUGCAAGAUAAAGUGGCUGCUAUUCUGCCCGAGUCUGCGCUGUAUACUCAGCUUCUUGAGUUUGAGUCUCGCGUUGAUGCUGCGCUUGCUAGAAAGAAGGCUGACAUCCAGGAAGCGCUCAAAAACCCGCCGUGUAUUCAGAAAACUCUUCGUAUUUAUGUAUUUAAUACUUUUGCUAAUCAAAUUCGCACAAUUCCAAAGAAGCCAAAUGCGGAGCUUCCAACCUGGACACUGAAGAUAGUUGGGAGGAUAUUGGAGGAUGGUGUAGACCCUGAUCAGCCAGGAGUAGUUCAGAAGUCGUCUCCUUUGUAUCCAAAGUUUUCAGCUUUUUUCAAAAGAGUAACUAUUUCCUUGGAUCAGAGACUGUAUCCCGAUAAUCAUAUUAUUAUGUGGGAGAAUGCUCGAUCACCUGCUCCACAUGAAGGUUUUGAAGUAAAGAGGAAAGGGGAUAAAGAAUUUACAGUGAACAUACGGCUGGAAAUGAAUUAUGUGCCAGAGAAGUUUAAGCUUUCACCAGCUUUGACAGAAGUUCUUGGUAUUGAGGUUGAUACCCGCCCGAGAAUUGUUGCUGCAAUCUGGCACUAUGUGAAGGCUAGGAAAUUGCAAAACCCAAAUGACCCUUCCUACUUUCACUGUGAUCAGCCUCUUCUGAAAGUAUUUGGAGAAGAAAAGAUGAAGUUUACAAUGGUUUCACAGAAAAUAUCAUCGCAUUUGUUCCCCCCACAGCCUAUACUUUUGGAGCAUAAGAUCAAGCUCUCGGGAAACAAUCCUGCUGGUACUGCUUGUUAUGAUGUGAUGGUUGAUGUUCCUUUUCCUAUUCAGAGGGAGUUGUCUGCCUUAUUGGCUAACGUGGAAAAGAACAAAGAGAUUGAGACAUGUGAUGAAGCAAUAUGUGGAAUCAUUAGAAAAAUCCAUGAGCACCGUAGGAGACGGGCAUUUUUUCUUGGUUUUAGUCAAUCGCCAGUAGAAUUUAUUAAUGCAUUGAUUGAAUCUCAAAGCAAGGAUCUGAAACUUGUAUCCGGAGAACCUAGUCGCAAUGCAGAAAAAGAGCGUCGUUCAGAUUUCUUCAACCAACCAUGGGUUGAAGAUGCUGUUAUUCGUUACCUGAAUCGCAAACCAGCUGUGGGAAGUGAUGCUCCAGGAAGCACAUGACACCAGUUCAUAUUUUAAUCAUUCAUCAUCCUUUUUGGCGAUGUAUCUCAAGAUAAAUUAUACCUUGAGAAUUUCUGAAGUAGCUAGUUUUCCAACUUCCAUGCUUGUAUUAGUGGCCGGAAGGAAUGCUGCUCCAUAGUGAUAAUAUACAAUAUGUUGUUGUAUGGGUAGUAGUGUGAGCACAUUUAGUUGCAGUCUUGAUAAUUGCUUGUUUAGGUGAUAAAUGGUACCACAAUUUCAUGUCUCUCAGUUGUAGUCAACUGUGACGGAUUCUUUGGUUACCUCAUUGUUCAUUUCUCCACGCAAGAUGUUUUACAUUAUUAUGAAAAAUUGUAUUAGGAAAGAUUGAUUGGUGUACAGUAUCUUCAGUUGUCUUGUGACAACAUAAGAGAAAACAAAUGUUGCACCCUAUAGGACUAUUGACGUUUCAUCCAUAUAUGGGCUCUGUUGGCAUUGAUUUUUGGACCGUGGUACUUGCUCAA